UAGGUCGAUCCAGAAGCGGCGGGCUUUCCCCGGAUGGUUGCAGCAGAGGGAUCAUGACGGGGAAGAAGUCUUCCCGGGAGAAGCGGCGCAAACGAAGCGGUCAGGAGGCGGCGGCGGCGCUCGCGGCGCCCGCGGCGCCGGACCCGGUUCCCGCCGUCGCCAGCGGCGGCAGUGGAAGCACCAGCGGUUGCGGGAGCGCCAGCGGCUGCGGGAGCGUCACCUGCUGUGGGAACACCAGCUUGAGUGGAAGUGUCACCGGCGGUGGGAGCUGCGGCAGCUGCUGGGGUGGGAGCAGCGUGGAGCGCAGUGAGCGCCGUAAGCGGAGGAGCACUGACUCAUCUGCCAGCGUCUCCGGCUCCUUGCAGCAGGAAGCCAAAUAUCUUUUGCCAACUCUGGAAAAAGAGUUAUUCUUGGCAGAGCACAGUGACCUUGAAGAAGGUGGAUUAGACCUGACUGUGGCAUUAAAACCAGUUAGUUUCUAUAUAUCAGACAAAAAAGAAAUGCUUCAGCAGUGUUUCUGUAUCAUAGGAGAGAAGAAGUUACAGAAGAUGCUUCCUGAUGUGUUAAAGAACUGUUCAAUAGAAGAAAUUAAAAAACUGUGCCAGGAACAGUUAGAGCUCCUGUCUGAAAAAAAAAUCUUGAAGAUUCUUGAGGGUGACAAUGGUAUGGACUCUGAUGUGGAAGAAGAGGCAGAUGAUGGCUCUAAGAUGGGAUCUGAUUUAGUUAGUCAACAAGACAUCUGUAUAGAUUCUACUUCAUCCCUGAGAGAGAACAAGCAACCUGAAGGUUUGGAAUUAAAACAAGGCAAAGGGGAAGAUAGUGAUGUACUCAGUAUAAAUGCAGAUGCUUAUGACAGCGACAUAGAAGGCCCAUGCAAUGAAGAAGCAGCUGCUCCUGAGGUCUCAGAAAAUACAGUCCAAAGUGAAGCUGGUCAGAUAGAUGACCUGGAAAAAGACAUUGAGAAAAGUGUGAAUGAGAUUCUGGGACUGGCAGAGUCUAGCCCAAAGGAACCGAAAGCCGCCACCCUGACUGUUCCUCCACCAGAAGAUGUUCAGCCUUCUGCACAGCAGCUGGAGCUGCUAGAACUUGAGAUGAGGGCAAGAGCUAUUAAAGCCCUAAUGAAAGCUGGUGAUAUAAAAAAGCCAGCCUAGUUUAUUUAAA